GCAUUUGUCCUUUCUUAGAUUCCGUAGACGAAUGGACACACGUGUAAAUGCACUCUUGUGGUAGACGGAGGAAAACGCAGCUAGUGCCACACAAUACGGCCAGUAAAGAUUUAGCAAGAUAGUCUAACUUAGUUAUUAUAACUCAAGUUUUGCCAUAUUGACACACACUACCCUAAAAGUAUCUGAAACCAUGGGAGGGCAAGCGAAGAGCAAAAAGAAGAGCAAGCCCAAAAAGACACGUUCAAAUGGAGUAGGUGCUGGGCUGGUAGCCUUGACCGCACAGGACCGCAUGAAAGUGAGGAUGCACGAAAAAGCAAGGAAGAAAACUGCAGAAAAGUACACCGUUGAGCAGCUGUUGGAAAAGACGGAAGAGAGCAUGGACAACUUCGACUUCCCGAUGGCCCGUCUGUUCUGUCAGCGGGCCCUGGACGUCGAGCCUACUAAUCUGGAGGUCCUGGAAAUGAUGGGGAACAUUUGUGCUGAGCUGGGGGAGGUGGACAGGGCCGAGCAAGUGUUUCUGAAGGCAGUGGAACUGAGCCCAGACCAGGGUCACAGUAAGUACAUGUACCUCGGACAGAUCCACACCAGUCAAGAAGCCAUCAACUACUUCCGCAAGGGCAUCGAGAUCAUGAUCAACACUCUGGACACACAGAAUACCAGUGCUGCCGCUGCUGUUGAGGGGGCGUCGGCUUUGGGUGAAGAACGCAGUCCCGUUGUGUCGGGAAAAGACGUGUCGGUGGCCUUCUGUUCCGUGGCAGAGAUCUUCUUCACAGACCUCUGUAUGGAGGAGGGAGCAGCAGACAGGUGUAAAGAGGCAAUAUCCAAAGCCCUGGAGUACGACCCCGACAGCGCAGAAGCCCUGCAGCUAAUGGCCAGCUACCUCUUCAGCUCUCAGAACAUGGAGGAAGGAAAGGGCUACCUAAAGAGAAGCGUGUCGUCAUGGUUACCCAGUCUGAACCAGCAGACAGAGCCGGCGGCGGCAGCACAACAGGAGGAUGAAUCUGAACAGAGCGGCGUCCCUCCAUAUGAGUCAAGGAUCACCACUGCCAAGCUGCUGAUUGAGGCCGAGGAGCCAGAGAUGGCGAUGGAGGUGUUGGAGGGCUUACUGGAGGAAGACGACGAGGUGGUGCAGGUGUGGUACAUGCUGGGCUGGGUGUGCUACCUCCAGCAGGACAAACCAGAAGAAGAAGAGAUCUUCAGAGACUCCGCCAAGACCUACCUCACCAGAGCCAAAAAGCUCUACAUGAAGCUGCGUUGUGACGACCCUCCCAUGUUGGAGCAUUUGGAGCAGCUGCUGUCUAAGCUGAGACCUGAAGGUGCCACCGCUGAUGAUGAUGAUGAAGAAGAUGAGGAGGAGGAGGAUGGUGUUGGUGGUCCUCCCAUAGAUGACAUCGCCGAUGACUUCAUCAACAGCAGUGAUGAGGAAGAUGACGCCAUGGAUCACUGAUGUCAGAUCCUGCUUGUCAGACCCUCAUUGCAGUCAACGUGUCUGUUUUUCAGAUACACAUCAGCUCUCUCCAGAACCUGCCCUUCCCAUCUGUCUCUCUCUCUCUCUCUCUCUCUCCCUCUAUCUGUCUCUGUCUGUAUCAUAUUCUCACUCUUUUGUUUGCCUCUCUUCUCAUCUCCAUAAUAUGUAUCUGUAUAUCUCUGGAGGUCAUUUGUGCAUUCUGAAGUGCCUCCACCCCCCCGUGUGUGUGUGUGUGUGUGUGUGUGUGUGUGUGUGUGUGUGUGUGUGUGUGUGUGACUCCUGCCGACUCGUCCGCUGCUCACAGCGGCCACAUUCAGACAGCGGGCGAGCAGCCGGUGAGGGUGCCAAGGAUAUCAAAGAAUACCAAACGUGGACAAGACACGCCUCAUACCAGAUUCCAUCAACACCCGAGAUGAGCGCAGAUCUGGCGCUGUUCGCCACGCUGUGCCCGCCGACGGCGCCUCGGCGACGACGGGCAGGGUGGCAAUCAGACAGGCUGCCGCGGUGUGAAAACAGAACAAAUGCCACCCCGUGUUAUUUCACCCAGAGCGCCCAUGAUGAAGGCUAGAAUGUGUGAAAGGCAGACGGCAGCGGUGCAAUGCAAAAGUUGAAAACAGGAAACAACUUUUUUUUUUUUCUUCUUUGUCAGACUUUUGACAGACGCUGUGUUGGGUGUGUUUUUGUGUGUGUGUGGGGGUGUGUGUGCGUGUUUUCAAUGGACUCUGGAGAGAGAAGGAGAGGAGAGAGAGGAGGUCACUGUGUUGGGGCUAGGCAUAAGCCAUCACAUGUUUGAGAAAUAAAGACACCUGAUUAAGAGAAGGGACUUCAUCCUCUCACAUGCUGAAAUAAAGACACCUGAUAAAGAGAUGCUGAAAGUGCCACCCCAGGCCCUCGCCUUCCAUAACUCGUCUGCCUGUAAAUCAGGCCAACCCUAAAGGCCAGUAAUGAGCAUAGAGAGGCCACUGAUCUUAGACCAGUUAUUUUGGUAACUGUGUAACACCUACUCCUUUUAGAUGUUUUAUAAGGUUGUGUAUGUGUAUGUGUGUGUGUUGUGUGGUAUUUUUAACGUGUCCUUAAAGAGAAAAGACAAAAAUAAUGAGUGAAGUUUCUGUGACUGUGUGCCUAAUGUAUGCAUAUUAUUUGAAAUGAAAGCAAGGUAAGGAUUAAAAAUGCUUUCAGUCGAACCCUU